AAAAUGGGCGGUGAAGAUGAAGAGCUCAAGGGCUUGCUGGGCCUGCCAGAGGAGGAGACAGAGCUUGACAACCUGACAGAGUUUAAUACAGCCCACAACAAAAGAAUUUCCACGCUAACCAUCGAGGAAGGGAACUUGGAUAUUCAGAGACCAAAGAGGAAAAGGAAGAACUCCAGAGUGACGUUCAGUGAUGAUGAUGAAAUCAUCAAUCCAGAGGAUGUGGACCCUUCUGUCGGGCGUUUCAGGAACAUGGUACAGACAGCAGUAGUCCCUGUUAAGAAAAAACGGCUGGACAGUCCAGGCUCACUGACCACAGAUGAUUCUGCAUCACGGCGGAUGCAGAACUUUUCCUACAGUGGAGGAUUAUACGGUGGUUUGCCUCCAACUCACAAUGAAGCGGGCUCCCAGUCGCAUGGCGUCCACGGCACAGCGCUCAUCGGGGGGCUGCCGAUGCCCUACCCCAAUCUCGCCCCAGAUGUGGACUUGACUCCUGUUGUGCCCUCGACAGUGAACAUGAACCCAGCUCCAAACCCUGCGGUCUUUAAUCCCGAGGCUGUGAAUGAACCCAAGAAGAAGAAAUACGCAAAGGAGGCUUGGCCGGGCAAGAAGCCGACCCCUUCCCUGCUGAUCUGAGUGGGGCUGUGCUGAGGCAGGGUGGGAGUCACGAACUCCAGAAACUGUUAAUGUGCAGUAUCGUCUUUUUAAAAUUUCAGUGUCCUAACCAGAUGUAAUACCAAGAUUGGAGAAGUGAAAUAUCCUUUAAAGAUCUGUCUUCAAACGUUUUUAUAUGUCUGUUUAAAAGAAAAAAAAAAUACAGCUCCCAUCUCCUUUUGAA